AUGUCAGACGUACAAGGAGAGCCUCUGAAGGGCACUGCCCUAUACAAUGCCAUCUUGGAAAGGUUCCGAGCAGUCCCAGAUGCAGAGGGACGACUGGACUGCGAGAAACUUGCCGAUGCGGCGCUGCAGAUAUCUGCAGUCUACGAGCUGGUCUUCGGCAGUGGAUUUAUAUCUCGGCAUCUGAAGCAAGACAUCGCGAAUUCCUCUGGCCGGAUGAGGGAAGCAGCAAAGGCCCUGCGCAAAUCUCGGGGCGGCAGUGCGGUUACUGCUGAUGAGCUGAUUGCAUGGGAACUCAAGGAACUGGGAAUACCCAAAAUGAGAAAAGAUCAAAACAGCGGCGUGAGGGGAAUGCUCUGGAUGAAGCGAGCGCUUGACUUCGUCUUCUCUCUCAUCUGCAACACGUUCGGAACCAUGAAGGAUGCAACCGUCAAAGAAUGUGCACUGGAUGCGUACGAUCGUGUUCUCAAGCCUUAUCACAGUUUCCUGGUUUCUAACAUUGUUUCUCUUGCAUUUAGCCUUGCACCUUCGAAGGAGGAGUUUGUCAGGCGUCUGGGCUUUGAAAUGGACGAGGCUGAAAACUGUCUCGGAAGCAUCCAAGAGGUAGUCUUGCCAGUUAUCGCGCGACUGAAUACUUUGCUGGAAGAAGCCAACUGCAAUUUUCCUGACAAGGCGUGA